UACUCACAGUUUGUCGUUGGCAUCGAUGGAGUGAAGUUCCAAAAUCAAGAUGAAAAUAAAAAUCGCAAGAGUUUUCGUGGCAUUAUUGAUUCAUCUAAGUUGGGCAGUUGCCUUCGAUUUCCCGGAACCCGGUACGUGCGGUUUGGAUGCCUCGGAUCGGAUUUACGGCGGGAAUAUUACCAAACCCAACAGUUAUCCCUGGACGGCCAUCUUGGUGUUCAAGGAGAGAUUCAACCGCCAUGAUUUGUUCCACUGCGGGGGCAAUUUGAUAUCCGAUCAAUACGUCCUCACUGCGGCACAUUGCCUCGAUGGACUGUCGAGAAGAUAUUCUUUGAAUCGCAUCCGGCUGGGCGAGUGGGAUCUGUUGAGCGAAGAGGACUGUGAUUCAGUGGGGAACUGUAACGAUCCUCCUUUGGACAUUAGAGUUGAAAGCACGGUUCAGCAUGAAGAGUACGAUAAGUACACCCUGUACAACGAUAUCGCGCUGAUCAAGUUGAAAGAAAAGGUUAAUUUUACGGAGUUUGUACUUCCAAUCUGUCUACCAAUUGCUGAAAGUGUCAAGGAUCAGAAUACUGACAGCAUGAACUUCACUGCGGUCGGUUGGGGAAAUACUGAGCAUGGGAAUGAUACUUAUGAAUAUGGCAGUCGUUACAAGUUGCACGUUGAACUUGCUGGAGCAAAUUUAACACACUGUGACGAGGUGUACGAAGAGGAUAUCGUCGAGACCCAGAUGUGCGCCGGUGCCGAAGAAGGCAAGGAUACCUGUCAGGGUGAUUCCGGCGGUGGGUUGAUAGCCCAAGUGGAUGGAAUCUACUACGAGUAUGGGAUCGUUAGCUGGGGCUAUGGUUGCGGCCAGCAAGGGGUGCCAGGAGUUUAUACCAGAGUCACGAGCUAUUUAGACUGGAUUGAGAGUCAUAUGACGGAUUAAGCUACAAACAGAAGGAUGGACAACAAAUAUAUCUUAAGCAACUUUGGAUUUUCAAUUCCGUUUUUACAUAUUUAUGUAGUCAAAUUGAAAGUCUUCAAAUAGUUUGUUGUUUGUCAUAGAAGUAUAUAAUAUUGAUAUUUUCAAAACAUUGAUAACAGCCGUAAAUAUUGUUUCUUCGCAAUCUAUGUCGGAAAAUAUACUCAGUUCGCAUCAGUCGUCAUCAAAAUGCAGUACUCAAAUAAAUAUGAAAGUCAGUUUUGCA